UGGAAACUAGAAACAAACAAGUGAAAAUUGUCAAAUUUUAUAAAAUUCAUUUUCGUUGCGAACAAAAAUAACAUAUGUCAAGGAAUACUGUUUAAAUAAAUAGAAACCUACUCGAGUAGCUAGUUUAAUUCUUUUCUUACGAACACUCGUCAGUAUUUUUCCGGUAUUAUAGAUUUAUACAGAAAAAAAAGUACAGUUCAAUACCAAAAGAGAUCGUUUUGGUCGUGUGCUUGUGGGGCGCGUGAGCAUGCGCUCAAUAAUCAGCAUAAUAUAUCGGUACUUCAAGUUAUGUCCGAUGUGUCGUCAAAAUCCGUAUAUUUGUUAAAAUAUCGCCGACAAUAAACAUCCAAGUGCCGUUCGUAGCCUGUUGGCGUGAUACCGUUUGCAUGACGACGACGAGGAUGCUAAUGAACAGCCCGAAAAGUAGGAGAUAACACAUUUUUGGAACAAACAAUACGGUAGGUGAGCGGUCCAAGCGGGAUUUCUGUUCUUUCUGCACGUGUAGAUUUUCCAGGCAUGCCGGCGUCUACGUUAGAUCCAGUGAAGGCGGCUCUUCGUACUCAACUCGCAAAAAAUGACUCGAUCGACAACAACCUCGACACCCAAUUAGCGGGCUCGAGCAAGAAGGCGCUUCUUUCCAACAUUGAGUUUGAGACUGCAGGAAGCUAUCAAAGCACUAUUCUAGAUAAAUUAAAAUCAAAAUACAUCGUCCUCAACAGCUCUGAUACCCCACAAGCCAGUAAACCUGAAGAAACGAUGGGUGCUGAUGAGAGUUUGAAAUUAGCUAAAUAUGAAUUAUUUCCUUUGGAUGCUGUCCAACUAGGUUGGAAUAACUGUGAUUGGUCUGUGGGAGCUGGAAUGGUGAACAUGGGCAAUACCUGCUAUUUAAAUUCUACUUUACAAGCACUUUUCCAUAUUCCUGCGUUAGUAAAUUGGCUGAUGUCUGACAAGGACCAUACUGCUGCUGACUGUCAAGAUUCAGGUGGCCUGUGUAUUAUCUGCGCGAUGCGCAAGACAUUGCAAGACUCCCAACAACGUAACGCGAAUUCAAUCCGUCCGAUUUUAAUAUUAAACAAGUUACGCUUAGUCUGCGAGCACUUCAUCCCCGGUCGACAGGAAGACGCGCACGAGUAUCUGCGCUUUUUGGUCGAGGCGAUGGAAAAAGCCUACCUGAGCCGAUUCAAAAACCACACCGAGUUCGAUCCGAAAACUAAGGAGACGACGCCUCUGAACCAGAUCAUGGGAGGGUACUUGAGAUUGGCGGUGAGGUGUUUGAAGUGUGGUCACGUCAGAACCAACUUUGACUUUAUUCAAGAUCUGUGCCUGGACAUUAGAAAAGCUCAGACGAUCGACGAGGCGUUGGAAGUUUAUUUUUCCAGGGAGAAGCUGGAAGGGGAGCUUUACCAUUGCGAGGCGUGUCAGAAGAAGGUACCAGCGACUAUGCAGUAUGCAUUGGAAAGAGCACCUAUGGUCUUAUGUAUACACCUGAAGAGAUUUACAGUUAGAAAUAACAAAAUUACUAAACAUGUAACUUUCAGGCAACGGUUAGACUUAACUAGAUAUGCCAGACAUAAACCUAAUGUUCCCCUGGUAUACCGAUUAGUAGCAUUAGUAACGCAUAUGGGGCCGACAGUCAGUUGUGGACACUACACUGCAGUGGCCCAAGCACCAUCUGGAAAUUAUUAUCAAUUUGAUGACAGUAUGGUGCGACCGAUAUCCCACCAAGCCGUGUUCAACACAAACGCUUACAUAAUGUUCUACGAGCUGGAGUCGUCGCCGUAUUCGCAGAAGCAAUCGGCGACGCCGUCCACCAGCAAGGCGAAAGUGGCGACGUCCGGCAGCCAAGAACCGUCGUCGAUGUCCGGCGCGCAGAUGGUCAGCAGCAGUUCGAGUUCGAGCGGCGGACCGAGCAAAUCGGCGACGAUGAACGGCGGCGUCGGUUACACCAGCGACACCUUUUACGGACCUCAACUGCCGCCGAACAAAAUUAGGAAGACGAUGAACGGAUCCAUUGUUAGUACUAAUGGUAAUAACAAUAACUCCGGAUCGCCGUCGCCCACCGGCAGUCCCCCCGAAGACCAGACGACCGAGCGAUCGUCGUCCAGCGUCAAGAACAAUGAAAUCAGCUCGAGCAAUGAUCUGAAAUUCUCGUCGCCCGUUUCCUCGCCGAACAUCCCCACCAGCGUCAGCAGUCUGUCCAGUCCCGAAAUGCCGGACGUGAAAGACUCAUCGGCGUCGAUACCGAACAAACCUCUGGUUCCGUACGAGACGGACGAAACGAGCAGCUCGGAAGACUCGAAUCACUCGGCUGCCGAAGCGACUAAGUGGGCGACUACGAAGGCGACCGUCGGCGAUUGGCAAGUCACCUCGUCGACUGACGUCGAUCACGAGCCUUCUUCGCAGGGAAGAGUAGGAUGGGAGAAGAACAAAUUUCCCGGACAGACGACGACGUCGUCGAGCAGCACGGGUUCGCAACAGGGCGUGGGAUCGCAGCAGUCGCAAGAUAACACGGUCAGCGAGCUGUUCAAGAUGUCUCACAGCGGGUAUUCUGCGCCGGUGACCACGUGGAACGGCACCAGGUCGCAACUCGAUAAGGAAGUCAACGAGGAAAGGAGAGAGGAACGGAAGCGGAACCUGGCGGACACCUCGCAGGAUCAAAAUCAGAAAGCCAAACAUCUGAAAACCAAUAAUUACAAUAAUAACCAUUACAAGUCGAAUCCGGGAUAUAAUCCUAUACAAGAAUACCACAAUGCAAAGAACUGGAACGGCUACGGAGGGCAACACUAUAAACCAUUCUACAAUGGGAAUAGGCAUCGGAGAUUUUUUAACCAAAAAAAUUGUCAUAAAAAUUAUAGGUACCGACAGUGAAUGUGUGAAUAUUUUUUACAAAGACUUGAGUGUUUUAACAUCUAAAGUAUUUUCCCUGUUUAGUUUCUGUAUUAAAAAGAUAGAGAUUGAGUUUCAUGUCAUUUUUUUUAAAUUGUUAUAAAUCUUACUUGUUUUAAACAAAAUUGUAGUUUUUAUCAUUUCAUUCGGAAAAUGAUUAUUUAUUUCAUCUCAAAGUGUAUGUUAUGCAUUUAUUCUGUCUUAAACUGUAAUGUAUAUGGUUUUUAUUUUUUUUAUUGUCACUGUACAGAAAUAAUUCAUCUUUUAGUUAUAAUGCUACAUGCGUAUAAGAUUAAGGUAAAUAAAAAUAUUUGUUAU